AUGCAACACCUUCCGUGCCCAUGCGCAUGCGCAUGGACGGUCGUCGUCCUUUUGUUGGGUGGUGUGUAUUACUUCAUUUGUUAUUAUCUAAGUCAAAGAAAAAAGGAACUUCUCAAUUUGUUGCAAGAAAAGGGAAACAUCGGCUUCAUAAUUGCACACCCAGAUGAUGAAAUUAUGUUUUUUUUUCCAACCAUAAAAUUACUAUUUGAUAAGAAAAAAAAAGAAGAGAUUUUUCUUCUCUCUCUAACAAAUGGGGAUUUUUAUGGCCAAGGAAAAAUCCGAGAAAAGGAAUUGUACCAUGUUUGGUCCUACCUAGGGGGGGUCAAAAACAACUGCAAAGUUAUGAAUGACCCAGAUAUAAAGGACAGUUCGACCUUCUGGAAUGAGCAACACCUUGUGGAUAUCCUAGCAGACUACUGCACGCAGCGUAACAUAAGAAACGUUCUAACAUUUGACGGCUACGGAGUGUCUGGACACCCCAACCAUAUUAGCAUCCAUGGAAGUGCGCGAUUGUUGUCCAAACGGAUGGGCAUAAAAGUGUUUACCCUAAAUUCGACCCAUUUGAUAGUUAAAUACUUGGGCAUGUUUUCCCUACCCUUUCUCUUACACAAGAAAUUUCUGACGUUUCGGUUUAAUCCCGUCUUACUGUUACGGUUGAUGUACCUCUACAGGUCCCAGUUUGUGUAUUACCGAAUUUUAUUUUGCCUGUUCUCUCAGUACGCUUACUUUAACACCUUCCAAUUGAUCAGCUAA